GACUUUUAGAAUCUAAUAGGCUUACAUUUCUACUCGCGAUUGAUUUUUAACACCGUACUGCUGACGGAGCGGCAUGCUCUGUCCUAUGUUAAGGCUUAUCUGGUGUUAUCGAUAGUAGUAUGGGGACGCGGGACAGGUGCUUGCUCGUUGUGCAGGUAUUGAUAGUGUGGACCUUUACACCAGUCUCCGGAGUAGAACUGUGUGUGACAGACAAUACGGGAGUACACUGCGGGGACGGGAAUCAUGUACGCCUCGCCAGGAUAGCGGGGAACGAGGUUGGGCAUGCUCAAAAGAUCAACACCAAUGACAGUCAGGGAAGCGUUACAUUGACAACGCUCAACAUCAAGCCACUUGUUCUUGAGGCAGACAAUUUUUUAUCAUCUGAAGAAUGUGACUACUUUGUCAAGAUGGCUACAGAGGAAGGUCUCCAAGAAAGCGAGACUGUGCUCAACCAGGAAAGUCAGCGCUUCGUGCUCAGGGACAUUGACGGGAACCGGAAACUGUCAGUGCGCGAGAUGAAGCUUACCAUCCAAGGCAGCUUUGAUGUUUAUUUGGAUGAAGAAGAUAUAGUGAAAAUGUACAAAGAGACGGGGCUGGAUAAGAAUGGCGAUGAAAUGAUCACGGACGACGAGCUGAAAGGCUUCUCUCCCACGAUGUUACGAAAAGAAAUCGAGAAAAUCCUGAAGACUUCUCCAGAGAAACAUUCCCGGAUGAGUAAACAAGUUUGGUUGUACCCAGACAAGUCAAAAGACAAGGUGUUUGCCACGGUACAGAGACGAGUUGCAGCAGUAGUGGGGCUUCCAAUAGAACUGAUCAAACUCAGCGAUUUUCAGGUUGUAUCGUAUGAUAUCAAAGGUCAUUACAAUGCUCACUGGGACUCAUCACGUGUAGAAACAAAAGUCCCGUGUUGUACGCGUGAACGGACAAAACAGUGUCGGAUAUGUAGGUACAUGACCAUUCUCUUUUACCUGAAUGACGUAGAAGGGGGAGGAGAGACAGCGUUUCCAGUGGCCAAUAAUGAAACGCUUGAUUAUAAGACUAUGUUGGAGAAAGAAGUAAUAGAUCUAUAUAGGAAAUGUGAGGAUUCCCCCCUGAAGGUGGCCCCUGCUAAGGGUAAGGCCAUCAUUUGGUACAAUCACUUUGUGGACAAGGACACAGGAUGGUUAGGUCCACUUGAUGAAUUCACGUUCCAUGGGGGAUGUCCCGUGAAAAAGGGAGUCAAGUGGAUAGCCAAUUUCUGGGUUAAGACCACGGAUCAGAAAAUGAAAGACUUGAAAAGGAUGCAAAAGUUUUACAAAGAGUCAACGAAAAAGCAGCCUAAAAUAUCUAAAGAAGAAUUGUAAUUAUUCCAGCCAAAUGUGUUCAGUUUGUCCAUUGCUCAUUUCUACUAAAAUUUAAAUUUAAAUUCUAGUACAGAGAUUAAUGUUAUGCAUAUAUAUUGUUUG